AGUCGGACAGAACUAAAGAAAUGUCAAUGUCAGUGUGGACAAAAAUCUGUAUCUGAUUGUUGCAGCCUUCUGUACUGAAUAUGAAUAGGAACAAGUAGAAGUGCCACCAGCAGAACAAUAUAGCGCUACUGCAGGAGGCCGCUGGGUUUGUUCUUUCUACAUCGGCAAAACUGUUGCUUCGAUGCAUGUUCGCUAUGGACGACGUUUCAACAUUCCGCAGCAUUUUUACGUAGAUGUCCUCGUCUAGCGGCAGUGGCGACGAUCCCGCAAAGCCGCCGGACGUUCCACCGCAGCACGGAGCUACGGGCGUGGGUGGCAGUGCAGCAGGUGGUGGCACCAGUAGCGCCUCCUCGACGUCAACAUCGCAACAAAGCCCAGCUGCUCCGACGGAUAGUAACUAUAAUCCGGAAGGGGCGGCUCCCGGAGCAGCGCAGCCGCAGCGCGGUGGCGGAGGUGCACCACCUGCGCCAACAAUGUACGGAUACGGCGGAAACCCAUACGGCAUUGCCGGGAACAGGUGCGAAGAAAGAUUUUCAAGCUUUUGAUUUUGUAUUUUUUGCCGAGUCGCUGUCGUCGUCGCCUUUAGAACCCUUUAUUUCAUUUACUGUGAUGACAAUGAUUUGGAGGUCAAACAAGUCAAACUGUACAGUGAGUGCAUAAUUAACAUAAGUUGCUCUCCAUUCAUAGGUUUACGUUUAGUCUGUCUACUUCGUUUCGAUUUUUCGUACACAAGAACACUCCCGAAAAAUUGACACAGUGGCGUGAUGCAGAAUGGCGGUGUGGGCGGUUCCGGAGCCAGCGACGCGAACAAUCCGUACAUGCAGCAACAGCCCGGCAUGGCACCGGGAACGGCACCAAAUGCGCAAGCCAAACUUCCGGUGCGGGAGGAUAUGGUCAAGCAGGCGCUAACUUUCCUCAAUCAUGACACUGUCCGCAAGACCGCGUCGGAGAGCCAAAAACGCACCUUUCUCCUGCAGAAGGGUCUCACCGAAGAGGAGAUCACGGAGGCCCUCGGCAGGGUAGGCACCUGGACGGGGGCAGCGGGGGCCCCGACCGCGCCGGGGGGCGCGUCGGCCAGUUCUAGUUCGAAUCCGAAAGUCGUGUACCCUCCGCCUGCGUAUCUGUACCAGGACAACGAUGGUAAGAUGGAUUGUUUUGCGGGUGAGAUGAAAAAAGUCAGACUCAGGGGCUCAGUGUAGAGACGAAUAUACGAAGAUUCUAAUUUCAUUGUCCGUCGCCUGUGGUGCUACAAGAGAAAAACAUCACAUCGCAUAUACCUAAAUGGCAUCUCCAGACUCCAGCGUCCUCCGCACUUUUCUCCAAGUUUCGGGCGCAUUUUACACCAGAGGAAAAAGCUCGCAUGCCACCAAACAAUGAAAAAACAAGCACAACGAUAGCAAAGCCUUUCUUGCGUUAGAGUUCUUUAUUAAACAAGAUCGUACUUAAACUUAUCAUGCAUGGCUUCGUCCGCGUGAAAUUCGAUAUUUCUUUUCUCAUUUGUCGUGUUGGCAUUGCAUUAGUACGUUGCUGUGGUCGCAGCUUUCUUCCUCGCGAUACGUUGAGCAUCGGGGCCCUGGCGUACCGCUGGCUCCAGAAAAACGAAACCUGGAUUCAGGAACGAACCGGCGUCUCACUCGGGAUCGGUACCACAUGAAAUUUAUUGAGUGUACAAUGUCCCACUCGGGCUCCGACGCCGGUCCCAAUGUAAUGAAUUGUCAUCCCAUUUUUAGAUUCAGAAGAUGGUUUUGAUGAAUGCUGCCUUAGUUUUGCUCGAUUCGUGUCAAACAACCAAAACUCAUAGGCCCCUCCCCCUUGGAGAGCGGCCUCGAAGGAGCCGACUUCGAGCAGGGCGGCGCGGGCUUGCUCGUCAAACAGACGAUGGAUAAGCAGGCCGACGAGAUUUCCCAGCUGAAGGGAGUUGUCGAGGAAUUGAAGCAAAGCAACAGGGAGUUGCAGGAAGACCUGGCGCGACAAAAUGGGCAAUUGAUGCAGACCAUGUCGUAUCCUGUGCAAAAGUAGUAUCGUGUACUUGUCAUACCAUAACAGAAUUGCAUAGACUGCAUGAUGUUGUGCGAAUUCUUAUCUCUCUAUCUUUCCCUGUUCUAUUCAGUAUUAGAAUGUCCAAUCAAUAGGGUUUUUCCGAGUUGUUGGGAAGACUACUCGUGGUGCAAUUUGUACUACGCUUCGUCACUCUCACUUUUGCGCUGCACACAUCGCAAUUGAUGGAAAAGACGCAACAGCUGCAGAGUACCGCAACGGCAAGCAGCAAGGUUGGUAACAAGGACGACCCACUUCAAAGCGAAAAGAUCGCCGACUCCGUCGUUGCAAAGCUGGACGUCGAACGGCUUGCGGAAGUGGUAGCAGCAAAGCUGGAUACCAACGCCAGCCUCAUGGCCAAGCGCUUUGACGUAUUCGAGCAAAACAUAGUUUGGGUUUGUACACGUCUCUGUAUGGGUUGUGUGUAGAAGUGUGCUUGUUGUGUUUUGUGUCCUAGUGCGUUGCAACGUGGAAGGAUAUAGUGAAGUGGAUCAUCUGCAUGAAUUACCUUUACCAUCAGUCGGCUGUUGUACUUUCUAAACAAAACAAAUUCUGUAUUUUUGCAGACGCCGAGCGCCACGCCGUCACACGCCACCGACGUCGCGCAGCAGGCCCCAGGAGACCCAACCACGUACCGCAAGAAAAAACACUAUCUCAGUCUCAACUGGUUACUUACAGCACUGAAACUCCUCGAGACAGUUUUGCUAUUUUUCUCAUGCUUGAUAGGCAAGAAGUGUAGGGUACUUACCUUUUGUACGGAUUUUCGUUCGCGUCUGAAGCUGCAUAACAGAUUCGGUGUUUCAUGCUGAGCGAAUUUGUGUUAUUGCUGAGCAGGCUACGUCUGCAAAGGUUUGGGACUGAGACACUUUUUUUUCUGGGAUCCCAUGCCCGCGGCAGUUAGUCACCUGAAGGAACAGCAGCCCGCGUCGAGCAGCAGCACAAGCACACCGGCGGCAGUGAAAACCACCUCGAUUGCAACACCGGGGUCCGGCAACGAAAAGGAUGGGAAGACGAGUGAAGAAAGUGCGGCGCCAGCAACCAGCAGUAAACCCGGACUGGACCUACCAGCGGAGGAUAUCACAAAGUGGAAGGGGGAGAUGAAGCGGCUGCUCCUGAAGCUGGUGAAAGCCUGCGAAACCAAGCAGGACGCCUCGAAGACGCUCAACAUGCUGUCUAUGCAAUACAAACUCAGAAUUCAAUUACCCUUGCCGUUCACGUACAAACGGACGAACUUGCAUUUUGCAAAUUCCGGAGCCUACGACCUAGGUCAUGAGAUCUAAAUGAAAAAUAAACUAACAUAAAGGUUGGUAGAUGUAGAUCAGGAGUGUUGUGGUCAUGCGUAGUCGACGUCAUUCGUAAUUGCGCUUGUACGUUUGCGGCGAGUUGUACUACAUUACCAGUGCAUACUGUAUCUAGUGAUGGAGAACCUGCGGAAACACCCGGGGCAGGACAAAUACAGAAAGGUACUAUGUGGAAAAGAUUUCGCUACCUGAACCUGUAGUCUCUGAAAAAGAGAAAGAUCUCGCAGUUUUCUUGAAAGGGUGGUACUUAUUUUAUACACCGUCCACCUCGCAGACCAACACCAAGAAUUCACGAUUGUUGCGUUGUUGUGAACGAGUGAUUUAUUUUCCUUUUCGCAAAAAAAAGUUGAAAAAACAACAGGUGAACACGGCCUCCAGCCGGUUCAAGGAGCGAUUGGGCAACAAGAUCGCGGCCUCCGAAAUUCUGUUGCUCCUUGGUUUUGAGAAGAAGGGCCAGAACUUCGCCUACGGGCUGGAUAAGGCGCAGCAGGAAGAAGUCGCGCGAACGAACACGCUGCCGAUCCAGCCGGACGUGUGUCCAGUCGUGCUCGCCGUGGAUGUAGUUUCGGAGUCAUUGCACAGCAUUGACUCCUUCUGGACCGAAGCGCAAGCCAGCGGGCAAGAGGCGACUGUUGGGGAAGCGCAACCAGUGGACCCUGCGAAAGAUGCUGCCGCAGCAAGGAGUAAAUCCACGGGCACGAGUGCGGGCAACGGCGCUGGGACGGCGGUGCGUGGCGGACCGCAAAUCCGAGAUUUGCUAGCCGAGGAGGAGCAGGCCGCGGCGAAUGGCAAAGAAUGACUGUGAAUUGGUCGUCUAGUUCUUUGGGAGGUGUGAGAGUGAAGAGAACCGAAAAAAGCCAAAGCACAGCUCGCUAGCUCGACAACUCUCUUUUUGUAUAGGGAGUCACCGACUUGGUCGGUCAGAUGAUAUAUUUCAUAUGGAUCUUCAGGCGGACAAUCUAAGUUACAGUUCUUGCUCUCAUAGAGCUUUCCCGCGCAGAGUUCUUUUUUUCACACAAUAAC